AUGGAACCAUUUGGAUGUGCUCUAUUUGAACUGAAACUGAUCCAGAGGCGAAGAAGGACACGUCAGAAUGUCGUUCAGAUAGAGAAACGUGUAUUUCGUGCACGUACCUUUUUGGAUCAAUUUUCUGAAACCCAGGUGAUAGCCAAAUUCAGAUUAUCCUCUCCCAUGAUAUAUUCCCUGUAUGAUGAAAUACACUUGGCCCUAGAAACACGCACGCGGAGAAGUAAUGCAGUACCAGGUCUUGUGCGUUUUUUGGCAGUACUUAAUUUUUUAGGAAAGGCCUCAUACCAACAUGUCAGUGGUGAGAUUGUUGGCAUCUCACAACCCAGUUUUUCCCGCUGCUUGGUCGAGGUCCUGCAAGCACUGCGACAACUUGCUCCAAAAUACAUUCAUAUGGGCAAGUCACGUGAAGAGCGGGAUCAAAUAAAACGUGGUUUUUUUGACCUAGCAGGAAUGCCCAAUGUCAUUGGGGCAAUAGACUGCACCCAUGUGCCAUUAUGUCCCCCAUCAGAACAGGAGCACAUCUACAGAAACCGUAAGGCUUACCAUUCCCUCAACAUCCAGGUGAUCUGUGAUUCGAACCUCAUAAUCCGUGAUGUUGUCACCGGCUUUCCAGGAUCCUGUCAUGAUGCCCAUAUAUUGCGCCAAUCGGGAAUAUAUGAUACUCUGGACAAGGACUUAGAAAAUAAUGGAUGGCUGCUGGGAGAUGCUGGUUACCCCUGUCUACCAUGGCUCUUAACACCAAUCAACAGGCCAUCCUCUCCUGCAGAAGCAGCUUACAAUGUUGCUCAUACAAAAACAAGAGUGGUUAUCGAAAGAUGCUUUGGUGUCCUAAAGAGCCGUUUUCGUUGCAUGUCCUUGUCUGGUGGAUUCCUUCAGUAUUCCCCCAGUAAGGUAGCUGAUAUGUUCCUAGCAUGCAGCAUUCUCCAUAACAUUGCAAGGCAUGGUGGACUACAAGAGGAACUAGACACCACAGUGGAGGAUGACAUGCCCACAAUUCCAGUGGAAAAUGAUCACAGGGGAAACACAGCAAGAAGUAAACUGAUUACAAACUAUUUUUCAGGUAAUAAACCACCGUAACAUGGUUUUAAUUUUCCAAACAUCAUCAGAAAUGAUCACAAACUUGCAUUAUUAAGUUGAAGAGACAGACAUGCUGUAAAAUGAAUUA